AAAGCGUUCCCAAGUUUUGAAAUUGGAAGUAAAAACUCAAAAAGCUGUAAGAUCAUGGAAGUAUUGUCCCGCUGCUUCCGCAAAUCAACCUCAUUUCCAUUCUCAAUCCCAUCUCCUUGCUCCAAUCGUAUCGUCUUCUCCGAGCUCCUCAUGUCUUGGACUUGCAAGAGAUGCACUUUCAUCAACUCCCCAUCUUCAAAACCCACUUGUCAAAUCUGCCUAUCACCAUCGUCUCCUCUUCCUUCUUCCUCGUCUUCACCAGCUGCUCGUCAAGACACCCCAACAUGGUCCUGCAAAGCUUGCACUUUCUUGAACCCAUAUAAGAAUUCUGCCUGUGAAAUAUGUGGCACUCGGGGUUCUCUUUCUUCCCUUUCGAGUUUCGAGGUUUUGAAUGAUGUUGGUCCCGAUGAGGACUUGGAUUCUUCUAUUGGUUCUGUCUUUGUGCCCUUGAGGACUUGCAAGAGGAAGAUUAGUAACUCAUUCGAUUCUGGUUUGGAUUGUGUUGAUUCCGAAAGCUUUCGUGGAGUUAAGGUCUCCAAUAGGACUGUUGAUGCGAAGGAUGGGGAUUGUGUUAAAUUGGGUGGAUUUCAAGGGCUUGGGGCAUCAAACAAGGCGGUAACUGUUGUAAAGGAGGACACCAGUUCAUCUACCAUUUUGAGUUCAUUCAAGAUUUUGAGCUACAAUGUUUGGUUCCGAGAGGAUCUGGAGUUGCACAAGAGAAUGAAAGCUCUUGGCGACCUGAUUCAACUGCAUUCACCCCACGUUAUUUGUUUUCAGGAGGUUACUCCAAAUAUAUAUGACAUAUUUAGGCAGUCUAGCUGGUGGAAAGCAUACCACUGCUCUGUUGCAAAUGAGAUGGCAUAUUCAAGACCAUACUUUUGCAUGCUGUUGAGCAAACUCCCUGUAAAAUCCUUCAGCGCUAGGCCAUUUAACAACUCUAUAAUGGGGAGAGAGCUUUGCAUUGCUGAACUUGAAGUUCAGCCUAACAAGCCAUUGGUGGUUGCCACAAGCCAUCUUGAAAGUCCCUGCCCUGCACCUCCAACAUGGAACCAGAUGUUCAGCAAGGAGCGUGUAGAUCAGGCAAAGGAGGCCAUGAACCUUCUCAAGAAGAACUCAAAUGUGAUCUUUGGUGGGGACAUGAACUGGGAUGACAAGUUAGAUGGUCAGUUUCCUUUAUCUGAUGGAUGGAUGGAUGCAUGGGCAGAGUUAAGACCAGGGGAAAAUGGCUGGACAUAUGACACCAAGUCCAACCAGAUGUUGUCAGGGAACCGGACAUUGCAAAAGCGACUUGAUAGAUUUGUGUGCCAUCUACGUGAUUUUAGAAUUAGUAAAAUUGACAUGAUUGGUAUGGAAGCAAUACCAGGUUUAUCACAUAUCAAGGAGAAGAAAGUGAGGAAAGAGGUAAAGAUGCUGGAGCUCCCCGUGUUUCCUAGUGAUCAUUAUGGCUUGCUUCUAACAAUUUCUUUCCAGUAAUGUUGACAAUGGUCAACCAAAUGGUUGGGAAAAGGUUCUGCAUUGCAUUUUGUACACAGCAAAAGAGAUGAUGUAAAUGCUUGAUAGCAUUUUGGGAAGCAUGUUGCUAUCAAUUUUGUGUAAACUUCCUUGGAUGGAGAUGAUAUAACCUCUUUAAUUACUUGAAUCAAGUUUCUGUUGUCAUCCUUAACACCAAUGUAUAGAAAAUCCAUGAAUUUGUAGUUGCGCUCAAGGUUUUUGUUUA